GCUACAUGUAAUGACGCCUCUCCUCCAUCCUUCACCAGCAACACAUUACAUCAUCCACUGCCUGCACACAGCCCGGAGCAUCAGCCCUCUACACAGCAUCAGCAGCAUCAUCAACAGCAUCAACAGCCCUAUACACAGCAUCAACAGCAUCAACAGCCCUAUACACAGCAACCGCAGCAACAUCAACCUUAUACACAGCAUCAACAUCAAUCCUAUCCAGAGAAUCAACAGCCCUAUACAGACAAGCAAUCCUAUCCAGAGCAGCAGAUCAGCCUUAUACACAGCAUCAAUCCUGCACCCCCAUUUAACCCCUCUGCCCCCUGCACACCCUCUGACACCCUGCACACACACUGGACCUACCUGAUCCCCCACCCUGCACCCACCUUCCCAGCAGGAGCCCCGACCAUGGCAGAGAGUGAAGCAGAGACCCCCAGCACCCCUGGGGAGUUUGAGAGCAAGUAUUUUGAGUUCAAUGGCAUCAGGCUCCCCCCUUUCUGCAGAGGGAAGAUGGAGGAGAUCUCUAAUUUCACAGUCAGGGAGAGUGAUAUCUGGAUUGUCACAUAUCCCAAAUCAGGCACAAGUCUGUUGCAGGAAGUGGUGUAUCUGGUGAGCCAGGGGGCCGACCCGGAUGAAAUUGGACUGAUGAACAUCGAUGAACAGCUCCCAGUAUUGGAGUACCCACAACCUGGUCUGGAUAUCAUAAAGGAGCUGACAUCUCCUCGUCUUAUCAAGAGUCACCUCCCGUACCCAUUCCUGCCUUCAGAUCUACACAAUGGAAAUUCCAAGGUUAUAUAUAUGGCUCGCAACCCCAAGGACCUUGUGGUGUCUUACUAUCAGUUCCACCGCUCUUUGAGGACCAUGAGUUAUAGAGGAACCUUCCAGGAGUUUUGUAGGCGAUUCAUGAAUGACAAGUUAGGUUAUGGGUCAUGGUUUGAACAUGUCCAGGAAUUUUGGGAUCACCACUUGGAUUCCAAUGUACUUUUCCUAAAGUAUGAAGACAUUCACAAGGAUCUCGGAACGAUGGUGGAGCAGUUGGUGAGAUUUCUAGGAGUGUCAUAUGACAAGGCACAGUUGGAGUCCACAGUGGAACACUGCCACCAACUGAUUGACCAGUGCUGCAAUGCAGAGGCACUUCCUGUGGGUCGAGGAAGAGUUGGACUGUGGAAGGAUAUAUUUACUGUCACGAUGAAUGAAAAAUUCGACCUGGUGUACAAGCAGAGAAUGGGAAAAUCUGACCUCACUUUUGACUUCAGCUUAUAAAGUGAAAAUGCAUGCAGAGAAUUGGCCACAUACCACUUGGUAGAGGAUAUCGCCUCUGUUCAUACCUUGCUGCACAAUAUACUGUAAUUAUCCUGUGUAAUAUUCUCGCCCCGGGAACCAUCUCGGGCAAACGCUUGUUUAUCAGUAUUUCAUUUUUAUUUGCAAAUUACCCCGGCAGUGCUGCAGCAAUUAAGGCACUGCUGGGCCCCCGUUUGGUGUAGACGGAAUUCAGACCCAUCAGCGCUGGCUAACUCUGGCCACAGUUAAUGAAGGCACACAGAUGUUUGGCGGAUCUGUUGGAGAAAGGGUUAGCAAUCCUAAUGUAUAUGGUAUGUGUGACGCAGUUUGUACACGCUGUCUUGGCGUAACGUUCGGUGUGUUUUAUAGCGCUUCUAAACAGAGAUUGAAAAAACUUUGAUAUAUACUUAGUGACGGCAUGGGAGGUCUGUGACCAGCCCGUGCGGAGUUCUACGUGUUAGAUGAAUCUCAGGGCUUUAUUUUAAUGUUGGUUGUAUUGUUUGUGUCAUAAAUCAAUGCAAAUAAAAUCCUAAUGUUCUAUAUC